GCCUCUAUAUCCAAGGAGGCUAUAAGAGUAAGCACUUCUGGCUUUGAACCAUCUUAUUCAAAAGACCCCAGUGUUCGCUGUUGCAGUCUGAAAGAUGUUAGAGCCUAAUGUUGGGGUACGAAAUGAAAUUAAUGUACAAAGACCAAUCUAAGAAACAUCAAUGAAUAAACAAGGAAAAUGAAAAGAAGACUGACGGUAUGGCGCCAAGCCUUGGACAGCUAGGUAAGUCAACGACCAGGUUGUCUGAAAGAGGGGACUACGGAAAACGAAUUACUUCAUCCCUAAAAAAUGACCCGCUCGCGAAAUUUUUGAAAAAUCGCAAUAAAAAUACAGAAAAACAUCAGUCAUUAAUUAAAUGCUACAAAAUACAUCAGAAAAUGAUAAGAAUAGCAUACAGAUGACUUGCGCAAAGAAACGAUAUAAUAUACAUAGACACAGGAUUACGAGCUGGGGGGUAGCAUACGCUUGCCCGGUGAUGUCAGGCGGGCAUGUAGGGUGUAGGGUCAUGCUGUCCUGUGCUGGAUAUAGCCCAGGCCACGAGUCGGCAUACACUGGGGAUGGGCUGGAGGAUGGCUGGAUGGGUACGCAUCACCACGAGACCGCGAGGAAAAAUAGAGACCACCACUGGAUUCUCCUGGGUCGAAAAGGGGAGUGCAGAUCCGAUAGUAGUCGUACGGUUUGCAUGGGACGGGCGGGAUACAGUCGAGAUGCGAGAUGCGGGGUGGGCGGGCCAUGGGCGGCGAUGUCGUCGUCGUUAGGUAAAACCGAUCUGAGGGAUGUGUUCCCCUAUGUCGAAAAUGGGGGAUGUACGAAGGUGGGGGUCAUUGGGGACUGGGGCGGGCGGCAGGAGCCCAUGUUGACUUUGGGCUGGGGUCGCAGCGGCGGGGCCGUCGGUGCUCGCAUCAUCGUCGUUUUGGUGUUGUCCGUCGUGUACAUGGGAGUAGUGUCGACUCCCGAAGAGGUGUUGCUAUCGCUGUUGUUGUUGGACGUCGAUGCCCUACUCAUCACCCCGCCCGCUCGCCCGUACUCUUCGUGCCGAUUGCACGUCCCAGCCUCCUCUCCUCUGUUCCAUAGCCCUGCCCCGUUCUCUACCAUGCUUCUCCUUUGUUUUCGGACUCUCUCCGCCUUUCCCGUCAUCGUCAUCGUUGCCCUGCUCGGCGUUGCCCUCUUGGUGGUUAAUUUUGCGUUUCAUAACACCUCCUGCCCCGAGAUGGCGGCCGAUAUUGAUUCACCGGUGAUUAUCCGGACUAUCGUAGUGCACGGAAGUAGCAUACGGCUGCGAUUAGCGUCGAUCUCGAUGUGGGGGGUAUUGGACCGGACAGAGCAAACGACAUAGCUGGUGACAGUGGUAUCGACAGAGUACGGGCUAGAUAAAAUUGCCUGUCAGUCAUGAUGGUGGUCGAGGACGACACAA